CCGUGGUUCUUCUGUUAUCAGACACCCUGGGAUCGUCGGAGACCGCCGCGGUCCUUCCUUAAACGCCGCAGUGUCAUUUAUGUCAGUUCUUGGUGAUAUACUUUUGUUUAGUGGUAUUCAUGUCAAGUCUUGGUGAUAUACUUUUGUUAAUAUCAACUUUCAUCAUGGCCGCUGGCGGUAACCAUGGCAACGGACAAUGGCGGGCGUGUGUUCCGUGACAAGCAGGUGUCGGCCGUCAUGUCCAACAUGAAGGAGCAGCGGGUGCUGGAGAAGUCGCUGCAGACCCUAGAGCUGGAGCAGAGCUACGCCAUCCGGCUCUUGGAGUUAGACAACAGGGUUCUCAAGGUGAAGUACAAAAAACUAAAAGAGAAAGUGUCCAAGAUCAAGUCCUACCUGCCCGCUGAAGACAUCAGCAAGUUCCGCGAGUUGGAUCAGCAGGGCAGACUCAAGCCCUCCUAUGGCGACGUCUCUCUCGGCAGCGCGCUCAAAAUCGCCGCCGCGGCACGCAGACUCAACCUGAACACACCCAAACACUCCGGCAGAAGAACCGUCCGCAGCGCCCUCCCGCGGAUAACACUUCAAGGUGACCCAGAGGUCAAGGUCAAAACGAAUAAAUUGAACUUUGACCCCGUAAAGCGAAGUAACUCUGUAACAGGUGUGUUUAUAGACGUUCCGUUAGACAAUGAUAAACCCGUACGACCAGGAUCAGCGUCGGUUAUACAGGGAGCUACAGGAACACGAUUAAACUGGGUUCCCCAGGGAACAGGAACAACACAGGGAACAGGAACAACACUGGGAACAGGAACAACACAGGGAACAGGAACAACACAGGGAACAGCAGAGGGAACAGGGAAGAGCGGGGUCAGAACAGAAAAAGAUGCCACCAGUCCGAAAAUGAAGAGGAACGUUACGAUGUUGGAGGAUGGGUUCGGGGGGUCUGGCGGCCGAGUUCUGCUGCCGGUCAGGGCGCUGUCGGCACUGCCCCACGCCCACAGCCAGUUCUCUAGCCACACGACGGCCGAGAAGGACGCCCGGUUAGGGCUCAGCACGGCCCCAGCCCAGUAUUCUAAAAGUCGGAGGUUGUCUCAUAUAUCUAACGACUCAAUAGACAGUAACUUGGGAGAGAACGUGUUCGAGGAGAGACGCCAAGAACUCCUAGAGGAGGAGAACAUUCGAUCAGCCUCCCUCCAGAGGAGAACACAACUCUUCCUCCGAAACGUCGACGAUUUUCUCCAGAAAAUUCCACCCUCCCAGCAAACCUACUACCCGGGGGAGGAAGACCCUCACUCGAGCAAAUCUCGAGUCGAAUCCAAACACGAGUUGACUCCCCAUGGGGGUGAUGAUUGGAAGCAGAGGUUCCACAGGAGGAAGAACGCGGGAGAGGAGUUUGACGAGACACCGACGUACCUCCCAGAGAACAACUACAAGGAGAGGUUGAUGGGGCUGUGGAAGGACAUGAACAAGUGCCGGUACCUGAGACUCCCUGACGAGAAAAUCGAUCUGUCGGGUAUCAAUACUUUGGUGAAAGACCAGAUGAAAAUGUUCGAGUCGAUUAAACAAGGGGACAGAAUUCCGUUAAGAGCUGCCUGGGAGAAUUAGCUGGAGUUCUCUUUCAUGAAGUUUAAAAAAAAACCGGUGACUUAAAAAUCAAGCUCAAGUUUAUGUGUGUAGUGUCUGUUGCUAAAUUUAAAACAUUUUAUUCUUGUUUGUUUAUUGAUGUAAUUAUUAAUUUAUUUAAAUAACACAUUGUCUUUCUUAAAUUAAUUACUUGGUAUACUAUGUUGUAGAUAUGGUCUCAUUUAUGGUCUAAUUUUGGUUCAAGAUGCUAAACGAGAAACUACUCUAUACACUAUGCUCAAAUCAUUACCAUAGGCGUAACUAGGGGAGGGCGAGGGGUGGGGGGGGGGUCCAACCUGGGCGCCGACCUUAGGGGGCGCCCAAAGGAUAGUAAAACAUAAAAUCUAAUUUUGAGCUGCAUUACUUAAUCAAACACAGUUAA